CAUUUUGCGCCAUCUUCCUCGCCUUCUCCGUAAGUCCACCUCCCUCCCGACUCCUCCACCAAAAUCCCAAACCCUAGCUCCCCAGGCUCAGAUCCCUCGACCUUCAGUCCUCGAGCGCCGCACGCACCAUGCGGAUCCGCAGGAACGCCUCCCGCCUCCUAGGCUCUGCGUACUCCGCCUCCGCCUCCGCCUCCGCCGCCCCGACCGUUGAUGCGGCGCCUCGGUUCGACCUGCUGCCGCCGCCGCCGCCGCCGCACCCGGCGCCGUGCUCCGCGCCCGAAUCCAGCGGCGGGCCCGGCUUCUCGAGCCCCUCUGCUUCCUGUGCGGAGCCCUGUCAGCUCAACCGCUCCCCAUGGGACCUCAUCGCCGACCUCUCCCUCUCCGACCAAAAGGAGGAGGAUGAGCUCGUCGACAAGUACUUUGUCCAUGUCACGACCCGGGCGAGCUGGCUCUUCUCGGCCACCAUGCCAGCUACUACCUCCACCAAGAAGAAGAAGGAGAAGAAGGAGAAGCUGCCUGCUGCAGCCUACGGGGAUAGCAAGCAGCUGAGGCGUGAGGUUGUGAAAAGACCUGCAAUGAAUAAUAAGGAGGAGGAGGACAAGACUAAGAAGAAAGCGAAGGUCAAGAAAGAGGAGGGGCAGGAUCAGGAUGGGGCAGCACGGGUCUGGAUGUGCAAGAAGAACGACGGCAGACGCUGGCACUGCAACCGGCCAGUGAGCCAACCCGACAGCCUCUGUGAGUACCAUUUAGUGCAGAAGCGCUCCUACUUAAACCCCGAUUUCGAGUUCCAGUCCGUGGCAGAAUCGGAGAAGCCGAAGCCGAAGCCGAAGCCGGCGCUGGCGCCGGUGCAAGCAGCAGCUGCCUCCAAGUCCUCCACCAGCAGCAAGCCACGGAAGAAGAAGAAGAAGCCUGUAAAUGACUGCAGUGCGACUGAGGGCUUCUACUACUAUGCUGGGUUCGGUCCAUUCCGGAGCAAGAGGCAGUGUAGAAGCGGUGGCAUGAACGAACCUCUGCCUGCAAAGCAAGAAGAGGAGGAGAAGGAGGAAACGCCUGAAGAUGCUUCUGAUCCUACAGACGAGGCAGCACCUGAGGUCGUUGAUGAAUUUACCAAUCAGCAGGCUGCAUGUCAACAUGUGUCUAGUUGCGACAACGACGACAUAGCAGGGAUCGCCGGCGUCGACGAACAGAGCAGCGAUGACGACUACGACGGGAUUGGUAUUGCUGGCUGCAACAUGGAUGAUGCAACUGUUGAUCCCCAGGCUAGCAGUGGUGAUGGGAAGAGGAAGGCCCCAUGGAAGCGGUGGAGGAAGCCUGUGAAGGCCCGGUCCCUCAAGUCUUUGAUGUGAGCAAGCGCCUGCGUACUCUUGCAUCUCUCCAUCGGCAGCAGCUUGGCUUUAUUAGCUUAAUUUCUGUUCCUUGAAUUUUAAUUUUAUUAGCUGUUGAUUGCAUUGACUCGCUAUUUGACUUUUUCGUGUUGGUUGUUUUCCGUGGUUAAACAUAUUGGUGGUUGUCGUUCGUGUUAGAGGUCUUGGAAGGAUCAGAGAACAUCUGUUUUCGUGUUCGGGUCUUGGAAGGAAUAUUGUGAUUAAUUCGUUCUCCUUGCGUUUGA